GAGGACUUUAUUUGGAAACCACAGUUUCAAGAUUGCCUGAACCACUAGUAACCGUAACUGAACAAAUAUAACAGUUUGAGUUCAUGAAAAUAAUAUCAAAACACUGCUGAAAGCCAUUUGAUCGGAAUGUCAAUACCAGAAACAGUAAUUAAUGUCACAUCCAUAUAUUUAAGUGCUUUUACAUGCAGCGCCGUCUCACUUCCUUCAUAUGAGCCUUGUAAUCAUAUCCCAAAGCAGUAAUGUAUUUGUUGUUUUUAGCAGCUAUAAGUGUUAUUGUUAUAAAUGUUAUCAACAGGUGCAUUCUUACAAUGCACAAAAAAAAAGAGACAAAUAAUACGGAUACAUACAUGUGAAGUGCUUAAAUGUCAGUCUAAAUGUGCUAAAAAUGAAAAUAUAUAUUAUGUAGUAAUACAAAAAAGUAAAAACUUCAUUGGUAAAUGCAGCUGUCGUUUUUAAAGCAACAUUUGACAGGCAAACCACAGGAAGCAGCACCUCCACAGGUGACUGGUGUAGCCGCUGUGGAGGCUCAUUGUUCAGUUCAGACAUGUCACAUAAAGUUUGGCUCGUGUCCGGCAGCAAAAUAAAGUGUAGUGGUUGAAUCAGACAGAUGUAAAAAAAACAAAAAACAAUUGGCUGUUAAUGAAAUUGUGAAUUCUUCAUGUAGUUUUCCAUUAAAAACUGCGUCCUACCCCUACUGUAGUGCAAUAAUUUAAUUCUAAAAAGGCGUACAGUAUCUACGCUUCCAACAUAUUAUACUCUAGUUUGCAUUACUUACCCCUAACCACACAUUUGCAUUAACAGUCAUAUCAGCAGGGAUGAGUGAUGAAUGCCAGCAUGUAACAAGAGUUUUCCCGUAGUGUCUAACAAAUAACCUGAAAUAGACUGUAGUUUCCAACAUUUUGGAAGAGCAUUUCCUCAUAAUAAAAAAAAUAUAUGGACACAUAGAAAUAUAACACUAAGUGAUACAAUGUAACAUAGCUAUGUUUUAAGAGCUUUAAAUAAAAAAGCAAAAAAGCUUUUUCUGACUUCAGUAAGGCCUCGUUUUCUUUCUUCACCCCGCAUCCUUUUAAUCCUCAUAUUUAUCUUCUAUAAGUUCACUCCGGUUUCAGUCUCCAUUGCUGAGACGAACCUGUUGAGAGAGAGAAAGUUAACAUGAAGUCACUGCGGCUGCAUGUCAGAGCUCGAGCAGAUCUCCCUGCCUCCUCCGGCUGCGACGCUUUUCCUCUUUCCCCAGUGCAGAUGUCUGUAGAUGGAGUCAAACACUGACACUGUGUAGUGAGCAAACAGGCUGGUCCACUUCACUGCAUCCACCACCCACUGCACAGUGCGACCCACGAAGGCCACAAACACAGUGGUGUAAUGGGCGAGCAGCAUCAGACUCCUUCCCAGCUGCCUGCCACGGUUAAUGAUCAGAUUGACUCUUUGAUCAUGUCCUGCCAUCUUUGUGUCUUCUGUGUGAUUCCAGAUGUAAAAAAAAAAAGUCAAAUUUGUAGCUCAAAGGUGCAUUUUGCGUCUUUUAAAACGUAUAUGUUUGUGCUGAUGCUCCCUAAGUAGGUGUGGACGGCUGGAAAUUUGCAGACACUCCCUUAAAAUCGUCCAAUCAGCGCAGAGGAAGCUUUGUUUCCGGGAGUGUUUGGUGAUGUGGCUCUGCUCUGAAAUCCAUCCGAGGAAAUAUAGCAAAUAAGCAGACACAUUUACCUGGGAAACAAUCGCACAGUGCCAUCUUUAUGUUGAGCCGUCUGGCCACAGUCCUCCAGGAGCUCUCUGGAGAGGAGGGCACAGAUGGAGACUCACAGGGCGUGCUGGUGCCUCAGCUACCUGCAGGAGAGGACCAGGCUCCAGUGGAGUCUGAGGUACCUGAGGAGGCCUUGGAGAGGCUGGCCCACCUGGAACAACUGGUGGUCCAGCUGAAGGAGCUCAUCCGAGACAAAGAUGCCCAGCUCGUCGAAAAGGACACUGAUCUGGCUAACAAAGAUGCACAGCUCAAGAAUGAAAAGGAAGCAGCUGAGGCUCGCUUCACUAAACUCAAACUGCAGGCCAAAGCCAAGAUGGCUUCACUCAGCAAACAGAUCAGUGAAUUGAAAGGACAAGAAGGAGCAACAAGCCCAGACAGUUCUUUUACAGGAGCUGGAGGCGACGAGCUCCAUGAACUCCAUAACAAGCUUAGUGAGGAAGAAGCAAACAGCAGGCAGCUUAAAGAUCGACUCCAGGUCACCGAACAGCUCCUUCAAGAGAAGGAAUCUGCUCACGCUGAACAGCUGCGGAAACUACAGGGUGUGAUCUGUGAGAAGGAUGUGCGUUUCCAGGAGCAGAUACAGAAACAUGAAGAAGAGCUGCUGAGGGUCACAACGCAGUCUCAGAGUGACGGCGAGCUUCAGCAGGCCCUGCAGGCAGCCCAGCGGCGGUGUGAAGAGCUUGAAGAGGCCUUGAACUCUCGGUCCCAAGUGCUGGAAAUGCUGCAGCAGGAAGUCAGCAGUGCUGAUCAGCAAAAACAGAUCUUGACUGCUCAGUUCCGGCAGAUGGAGCAGGAGCUGUCUGAGUCCGUCAAGCGGAGGGAGGAGGAGAGGCAGCAGUGGGCCGAACAGUCCAGCAGAACCGAUGCAGAAUUCGCAGCCCUCCGAACCAGCCUGGAGGCCCUGGAAAGAGAGAGAACGGAGGUUGCAAGGCAGGAGAGUGAGCUUGCCUCCCUCAGAGAGGCAGAGCAUGUUAGUCUGGAGGCUCUGGAGAAGGAGAAGAUGGAAGUCGUCAGGUUGGAGAGAGAACUGGCUUUGAUGAAAGAGGCUGAGCUUGCAGCCGUCCAAGCGAGCCAAGAUGCUUCGGAGAGAGACAGGGCGGAAAUCGCUCGCCUUGAAAGAGAACUUGCGUCCACGAGAGAGGCAGAGUGUGCAGUCAGCCGGGACGCUGUGGAGCGGGAGAAGUCAGAAGUAGAUAAACUAGAGAGAGAGCUGGAUUCCCUCAGACAGGAGCACGAAGAUUCCCAGAAAAAGGGUGAGAUCUUGGCUGAAAUUUGGAGACAUCUACAAUCUUUGGGUCUAGAAGACGUACAACCAUCAGAGGAAAAUCCAGUCCCUUCAGAUCUUUCUCUCUUCCUGGACACUAUGCAGUCCAUUGAGACACAACUGACAAGGCUGAAAGACGAACGCAGCGAGAGUGAGGAACGUUGUGCCGAACUCACCCACACCAUGGAAACUCUUCAGGAACAACUAGACAGAAGAACCAGUGAAAACGAGGAGUCCAUCACCAAGAUACAGCAGCUGGAGCAGCAAAUUGAAACAAUGUCUGAAAGAGACGUGACUGAAUCAUCAGCACAGGUUUCAUCUGAAACUGAAAAAGCACACAUAUUGGCACUGGAGCAGCAACUAUUGGAAAAAGACAAUGAGCUGGUUGCCUUGAAAGAGUCUCUUCAACUUGCUGAAGAGCGCAGUUCCAGUAAGGCUGCGUUGGGUGAAAACUACGAUCGGACUCCAGAUCAGUGUCAGGAUGCCGGUACGGCCCCCCAUGACACUUCUGCAACCCAUCCUGUCUGCUUGGAGGAUACACGAGAAGAGGAGACCACCUUAGUUGCUGAGGACACCUCCGUCCUCUCCAUUUCUGCUGAUAAUGAAAGUAGCCCAGAGCUCAUCGGACACCAGUCUGAAUCACCAGAAGAAUCCAAAGGGACUUCCUCAGAUGAGAUGGUCGCCAGUAGUGAUUCAGAGGUGGCUCACAGCAGCUGGACCCUCCUGGAAGCUGUGAAUCAAGAUGGAGGCCAGGAGUGGCCAUCCAUCCUGCAGGACUUUGGCCAGCUACAGCUGCAGUCAUGGGAGGCAACAAGCAUGGAGCAGGAAACCUCCACAGUUCAAGUUGAGUCCUCUUCUGUUGUCAUCCGAGAGACGGUCCAGGUUCAACUAACUCAGAGCGGUUCCACCACAGAUGUGCCCUCUGGCCAGGUCUUUGCCCAAGUUCUCGCUGAGGAACUCCAGAAGAGGUAUAGUGAACUUUUGGCUGAGCUGCAGAGGCUCAGAGAGCUAACUGCAGAGUCACAGGAGAAAAUCAAGAGCCUGGAAGAAGAAACACAGACUCUUGCUGCUGCCAAGGAAGAAGUCGAGACCCAAGCCAGUGAUUUUGCAGAAGAGCUUAAGUCAGCCAAAGAAGAGUUGGACAAGCUUUCCCAGCAAAGUAGCUCUGUGGUGGAGAAGCACGGUGUUGAAAUGCACCUCCUACAAGAACAGUUAGACAUUUUGAACAGUGAAAGUGAGGCCAAGGAGCAGAAGAUCCAGGCUCUGCAGACAGAUUUGGAAACAGCCCACCAAGCGCUCUCUGAACAGGAAGGUCAGGCCCGGAUGCUGAGUGCUCAGCUGGAGGACAGAGAGCUCCUCUCCUCUGAGCUUGAAAGGAAGCUUCAAGACAUGGAAAGCAGCAUGUUAGAAUACUCCCGGACAUCAGAUCUCAACAAUGAUUCUUUGUCACAGAAGGACUCUGAGAUCUGUGAGCUGCAGCUUCGUCUCGGCCAGAAAGAGCAGGAGAUGAUGGAGCUUAAUGACAGUAUGUCUGCUAAACUCCUUCAAGCAGAGGAAGACAAGUUUAUGGUAGACAGUGAAGUCAACAAACUAAAGGAGCAGAUAGUAGAGCUGGAGAAAGUGAGAGACGAGAAACAGAAAGUAAGUGAUGAAGACUCGGCCGCUCCUGCAGAGGAUGAACUUACUAGUUUACGAAAGGUCAAAGGGCAGCUAGAAACCCAGCUGACAAACACAAAGAAGAAGUUGCAGGUGGCGCUUGUGCAACGGAAAGAGCUUUUGAAGAAGGUUGCCGAUUUUGAGGCGGAAGCGAAAAAUCGGAAAGAAAAAGAUGACACAGCGAAAUCAGAAAUUCCUGCAAAUAUUCCAGAAGUAGAAAAAUCUAGAGGACAGGAGAUUCAGGAAAUGGAGGCUAAACUCGUGGAACUGGAACAAGCUUUAAGAUCCAAAAAUGAGGCAGUUGAGACUCUUGAGCAGAAAAUUAGCCAACAGGAUCAAGUUCUUGCUGAGACGCUUGCUCUGAAUAAAAAGCUAAACGAAGAAGCCGAAAACUCUCGUCAGGCUGACGUUUCUUCUGAAACGGCUGCGUUGCAAUCUCAAGUGGCGUCUCUCGAGGCAGAAUGCGAAUCCCUUCAGAAGAAAGUCCUGGAGACCCAAGAAUCUCGCAAAGAAACCAUCCAUAAAGCGAAAGAGAAAGAUAGGCACCACCGUGAACAGCUGAAGCAGCAGAAAGAAGAAUACAGUGAGCUUAUGGAGCGUUUUGAGGUGCAGAGCGGCGAGCGAGAAGUUCUUCUUACUAAAUUGAGAGAAUUAGAGGAAAAAGUGAGCACUGAGAGAGAAGACCUGCCUCACCAUGAGACCAAGCAAGUGGCUGAAAACUCGGAGAAGCCAGCAGGAAAUGAUUGGGUCCAGGAGGACUGGGUGGAUUUUGCUACGUCUGAGACUGAUUCAUCACAACCGCAAUCCAGUGAUCAGAUUCAGCAUCCUGCAGAGCAGUCUGAGGUUCCUGGCGCACAAACGGAAGAGUCUUUGAAAGCUCUUAGAGAAGAGAUUCAGACUGUGAGGAUGGCAAACACAGAGCUAGAGAAGCAGCUGCAGGAAACUCAAGCCAGCCUGUCACUGAAGGAGACUGAAUUGGUGGAAUUUGGCAAAGAGCUACAAGCACUUAGAGAAAAGGAAAGACAGAUUGAUGCGCUCUCAGAGGAAAUUAAUGAUCUCAGAGAAAAGUAUCGCCAAGCAGAGUCUCAUACUGAAACCUUGAAAGCAGAGAUGGAAGCUGCAGUCAAAGCAGCACCUGCAGAUUCUGAAACCUCCAUCGCAACUCUUCAAGCUGAAGUAGAAGACUUCAAGCAGUUUCUUGACAAGAAGAACAGCGAGAUCAUGGAGCUAAGCCAGCAGCUUAGCGAGCAGAACACUCUCAUACACUCCAUGCAGGAUACGGUGUCUGAGAAGGAUCAACUAAUAGCUUCUUUACAGGAAGAGCUAAAGGCUGAGCAAGAGAAAACCCAGAGGUUGGAGGUUGAGGUUCCACAGAGGCAGGAGGAAGAAAAAGACAGUGAGGCAAAGAUCCAGCAGCUUCAACGAAAGCUUCAGGCAGCUCUGAUCUCUCGCAAAGAGGCGCUCAAAGAAAACAAAACCCAAAAGGAGCAACUAGCUUCAAAUGAAAAGCUCCUAGCUGAGCUGCAGCAGAAGAUAGAGUCAACAGAAGAUGAGCUGGAGAAGCUAAGAGCAGAAAGAGUUAAACUGAUUGAUGAGGUCGACCGGAUGCUAGUGGAGAACCAAAGCUUAGGAUCAUCCUGUGAGAGCCUCAAACUGGCCAUGGAAGGGAUACUGAGUGAGAAAGAUGCCUGUACGAGAGAAGUAGAGUUGGCGAAAGAAGAGUCUGCCAGGGUGUGCAGAGAAUGGGAGGAAAAGGUUCAAGGCAUGAAGGAUGAGUACGAGACUCUGCUCAAGUCCUAUGAAAAUGUGAGUGAUGAGGCGGAGCGCGUGAGACGAGUCCUGGAAGCUGCCAGGCAGGAGAGACAGGAGUUAGCGGCCAAAGUGAGGACAAACGAGGCUGCGAGGCAGGAAGCUGAAAGGCAGACAGAGGAGGCGCAGAAAGAGGUGGAUUCAGUGAAAGACAAAAUGAGAAAGUUUGCCAAAACAAAGCAGCAAAAAAUAUUGGAGUUAGAGGAGGAGAAUGAGAGACUCAGAGAGAUGCAGGAAAGACCUUCCAUAAAACGAGAGGACAAGGCUCACAGAGUUGAGCUUGACAGACUUCAAGAAGAGCUUGGAGCUUUAAGAGCUGAGUUGGAUGCUACAGUGGCAGAAAGAGACUCUUUGGGGCAGCAGAUUGAACAGUUGAGGGAACAACUUUCCAAAACACGAGAGAAAGACAAUGAUGAAGUUCAGGCUACUACCCUUAGCUCUGCAGCUGUUGUAGAAGAGGUUGUCACUGUCCAGCAAUCAAACAUAACCAAAACAGAGCUUGUUGAAAGUCAAUGUGACAAUAAAGAAAAACCCCUCAUCCCAGAAGAGACUCCAGAUGAGCAAAUAAGUGCAGUAUCUGCACCAGAAACACAUUCGCAACCUACUGUGGAAGAGAACAAAGUGGCAGAUGUGACUGAAAGUGCUCAAGUUUUGUUAGAUGAUAGAACGAGGGACAUGGAGGCAGCUGUUAAUGCAGAGAGGGAACAGUGGCAGGAAAGGGAGGCUGAACUCAAGGCUGAACUGUCCUCUCUUGAGCAAGUCCUGGAGGAGAGUAAAGAGAAAGUGAGUCUGAUGGCCUCUCUAGAGAAGUGCCUGCAAGAGAGCAAAGAGAGAGAAAAGUGUCUAAUUGAAGAGGCUUCAAAGAGGGAAGCCCAGUUCAAAGAACUCUUGAGAAGCCUUGAAACUGAGAAAGAUAACCUGGAGGAGCGUCUGAUGAACCAGUUGGCCCAACUCAACGGGAGCAUCGCCGGCUACCAGCAAGAGGCAGCAGACAACAGGGAGCACCUCGCUGAACUUCAGAGGGAGGUGGAGAAGUUGGAGAGGGAGCGAGCCGAACUUGAAGCCCAGGCUCAGAGUGAGGGUGACCGAGCAUCCAGACUGGAAGAGGACAUGAGACAAGCCCAGAGAGAGAGAGCUGAAGCUGAAGCAGAAUCUGGAAAGCAGAGGGAACUGGAACAACAGCUGAGGUCUGCUCAGAGGGUCAGAGAAGGCAGCCAGAGCAGAGCGCGUCAGCUGGAGGAACUGUUGAGGGAAAAGCAGCUGGAGGUCCGUCAGCUACAGAAGGACAGCAUCCAGUACCAGGAGAGGAUCAGUGAGCUGGGAAGGGAAGCAAAGGCACUGCAGCUGAGCCACGAUGAGCUCCACAACAAGCUGGAACAGUCUCAACUGGAGACUUCCAAAACCCUUGAGGACCUGAGAAGGACUGAAGCAGACUUGGCUAGUAGCAAAUCCAACUUGGACGAAGCCCAGAAACAGUUAAGUGAGGUUUUAGUCGAGAAAACAACUUUAGAACAGAACAUCCAAAAGAAAGAAGCUGCAAUGAAAGCUGAGGCAGAGCAAACCCUGGACUCGGUGAGAUUCAGGCUCGGAGCCGAACUAAAGGAGAUGGAGCUGAGACUGGAAGCUGUAGACAGAGAAAGAGAAAAGGAAGAGGAGGCCACCCUGGAGGCUAGAGAGAUUGCAGAAGGAGCUGAGAGACGAGCCCAGGAGAUGCAGGCCCGUCUGGAUGAGUCUCUCGCCAGGUUAGCUGCCUUCUCGCGCUGCAUGUCCUCACUGCAAGAUGACCGGGACAGAGUUUUGGACGAGACUCGGCAGUGGGAGACUCGCUUUAACGAUGCUCUGCAGGGUAAGGAGGCUGAAGUUCGGGAGGCUGAAACACGAGCCAAGGAACUGGCGGAGCAACUUCAGAAGGAAUCUGCACUGAAAGAAGAACUCCAGCUCUCAGUUGACAGACUAGAGAAAGCAGAUAAAGAUUGGCAGCUGAGACUAGCAGAAGAGGAGAAGAACGUUAAAGAGAGCCAAGCCGCCCUUGAAGAGGAGAAGGGCAAGCUUCAGCAAACCACAGCUGAGUUGCAAUCUGCACAAACUGAAGCCCAGGCUCUCAAAACUGAACUGGAGAGUCUGCAACAGAGGACCCGGGCUCUGGAGGAGGCUGUAGGUCGGCUGCAGGAUGAAGUUGACCAGGCCAGGACUGAGCUGAAGGAGAGGGAGGCGGAAGAGAGGCGGCUGUGUCUGAACGUGGAGCAACUAGAGACAGACCUGCGCUCCUCCAAGGCCUUGACAGAGAACCUGCAGACUGAGUUAAAUGAGAAGGAAAGGAGGGAAGUGGAGCUGCUGGGGGAGAAGGAGCAAGCUGUUACUCAGGCUGCAGAGGAGGCUAGAAAGGAGGCUGACAGCAGAGCACAAGAAGCUGAGGAGGAGCUGGAGCAGAGGAGAGGGGAAUUGCGGGAUCUGGAAGAAAAACUGCGGAAGACCGAGGAAGACAGCAACAAUAGCAAAGCCAGACUGGACUCUUUCAUGAAGGCCAUGGGGUCUUUGCAGGAUGACAGAGACAGAGUCCUCAACAUGUACAAGCAGCUGGAGGAGAAACACCUGCAGGUAAUGAUGGAGAAGGAUGGUUUGAUCCAAGAGGCGGCAGGGGAGAACAACAGCCUGAAAGAAGAGCUGCGCUCUCUGCUGGUCCAGAGAGACGACUUGUAUGCCGAAAAGGCCAAACUGUCCGCUCAGCUUCACGGCUAUCGUGAUGAACUUAAUCAAGUUCUUAGCAUGAAGGACUCCCAACACAAACAGCUUCUGGCAGCCCAGCGAGAGCGGAUCGCCUCUCUGGAAAAGGAGCGUGAGGAGUUGGAAAGUCAGUUAAAGAGCGUCAGCAAAGCCCAAGAGACAGAAGUAGAAGCAGGUAAAGUGGAGAGUGAGACUCUUAACCAGGCUGCUGACAGUAGGACAGUAUCACAGGUGAAAGAUGCACCUGGUGCAGAGGUUGAGAAGUUAAGAGAGCAGCUGCAAGCAGCUAGAGAGCAAGUGGAGGCUUUGGAGGAGAGACUACUAAAGGAGAGGCAAGACCAGGAUAACAAGAGCAAAGAACUAGCUGAGCUGCGAUGGGAGGGAGGUGUGAUGAGGACAGAGUCAGAGAGCGCUCAGGAGAGGGUGGCAGAGCUGGCCAGAGACCUGCUGGCUGUCGAACAGAAGCUGCUGGAGGAGAAAGAGGUGACAACGCAGCUGAAAGCAGAGAACCAGUCCUUUGCUAAAUCCAUGGCCUCCCUCCAGGACAGCAGAGAUCAGGCAGAAAACAAGGCCCGGGAACUGAGCCUGAGGCUGGAAGAGAUGAGCAAGGCAGGAGGCCACGCAGCACACAGCAGCCCCGGAGGCUCCACUGGAGAAGUGUGGGGCCUGAAGAAUGCACUACAAGCCCUGCAGAAUGACAGGGAGAGACUGCUGGAGCAGCUUCAAACUCAGACGUCUGAGCUCAAGAAGCAGAAGUCAGAGCUGGCUCGGCUGGGAGCGGGAGAGCUGAUUAAAGUCAGCCAGGAGCUGUUUGAGGAGAAGAACAGAAAUGACGAAAUGCUGGGUGUCAUAGCACAGCUAGAGAAUGUGGUGGAAAUGGGCAAACAGGAAAUAGAGACACUGAGGCUGGAGCGUAUUGACUGGAUGGCUCAAGCCGAGCAGCUGAAGCAGCAAACCCUCACUACACUCUCAGAGCGGGACCAACAACUGCGACAGCUUACCGCCAUGUUGGAGGAAGCCCGCAGUCAUAAGCCCAAACUUCAGCAGGAACACUAUCAGAGAGAAGGUACAGAGGAAGUGCACAGUGCUCCUGGAGCCCCACAGGAGAGAAGUAGCCUGCUGGACAGUCACGCCUACAUAGCCGAGGUCAAAGAGCUGCAGCGAAGACUAGAUGAAGAGACGCAGCAGAGGAUAACUGCUGAGGAGCAGCUGAUGGCCACGCAGGAUCGACUCCAACGUCACAGCCAGGCUAAAUGGCACUCUACACAAGAAGGUGAUCACUCAGAGACGGCUGUUUUUAUCGAGCCGUCGGAAGGAGCUGUCACCCGAACUCGGAGAGGCGGUCCGGGUUUGAUGCGGAUGCUCCGAGUAGCCUUCUGCUCCCGCCAGCGCACCCCUCUGCUGUUCAGCCUCUAUCUGCUCACUGUGCACGUCCUGCUGCUGCUGUGCCUGGGCGGAUACCUCUGAAACCAGCUCCCUUUAACAAAACCUGACAGAUAAGACGGAGAAAAAGAGAGAGAGAGAGAGAGAGAGGAGGGGAAAGAAAAUAGAAACAUGACACAGACCUAACCCAAGCCAUCAUAUGUUUUAUAUUGUUACAUGUAAUAACUAAAAAAAAAAAAAGGGGGAAUGAGGAACGCUCUACACACGAACAUUGCACUUUACAGGACUUCAACUUUUAGCCAAAGUAUAUAUAGAUUUAUAUAGGGAGCUGUUGUUAUUGAUUUUAACCAUUUUGAUCUUGUACGACUCUCAGUGUGUAUGGCAGGUUUUUCAAAACCCAAGCAAAGAGGACAUAAAGGGACAAGGUUUCAGUUUCCUUGCUUAAAAAUCUUAAGGUUUUAGGGGGAAAAUAAAAGUAGAUUCAUAGAGAUUAGAUUUUGGCAGAUGGUGUUCUUCAUGUGCCUUUAGAUUUGGAUAUAAAAGGGUCACUUUACACUAAAGCAAAGGUUUGACAUCUUGGUGACAUCACUCUCUCGUCUGCCCGUUAGAUAUAAGGUGAAAGCUAACAGACGGUUAGCUUAGCUUAAUAAAAAAGACUGGAAAUAGAAGGGAACAGCUAGCCUAGCAAUGUCUUCAAGGUGACAAAAUCCACCCACCAGCACCUCUAAAACUCACUAAUUAACACUUUAUAUAUGAUUUUAUUCAUCUGUAAAAAAAAAACCAAAGCCUUAUGUUUAUCAGUCAGACAUGAGAGUAUCUUUAUUUUCGUCUAAAUAUCCGCCAGAAAGUGAAUACAACAUGUGUCCCAAAAUGUCAAACUGUUCCGUUCAGAUGGCUUGAGGUUCAGGAUGUGCUGUUAUAGUCCAGUCUCUUCCUCUUCUGCGCAUUUCAUGCACAAAAAUGGAGCACAGUGCAAUUUCUGUUCUUACACAUUCCUAUUAUGUGUUUUUCCUUUUCUUUAACUUUCCUCUUAUAUAAAUCACAUUUAAAAAAAAGAGAGAGAGAGAGAGAGAAACAUUAUAUUGAUAUUUAUACUUACGUGUUAUGUACGUCAGCUGGAUGUGGGUUUCCCUCUUACGUAUCCAAUAAGAUUCCCCGUCCAUGCUUCUGUUGCACAGAUGUAGAUUUUACAGUUUGCCCUCUAGUUUCUACGGCAGAUGAAGUUACCAUUCAGGUGCAAUGUUACCACAGUGUGGAUUCAUUCCAGAGGAGAAAGACUGCUGUUUUUUCUAAUAAUAUCCAUCCCAUAAUAAACUACUGUGAUGUAGCAUAAUUUAUUGUAAGUUGAAACUGUUAACUCGUCCUCUACUUACAUGUAUAUUGACGUUUUCUUCUUCUUCCUUUUAAUCGCUCACUGUUGGUAGAACGACUACUCCGUACUCUUCUUCUUUGAACAUCCAUGUUUUCCUUCACAUCACAUCACAUCACAUCACAUCACACACACACACACUGAAAUUUAACUGUAAAUAACUGUUUAAAAAGGGCUGUAUAGAGAAAUAACAUGUAAUUAAAGUGUUGGUGGUUUAGAUCAGGGACCGAUCUUGUCAAAUGUUAUUUGCUUGUUCAUGUUGCUGUAGAAAAAAAACAAAAAACAGACAUUGGGUUUAUUUUUCCCAUCGUUGCUGUCCUGUUAAAAAAGUAUUGGAGAUUCAUUUUAGGAGAAAAACAGCCUCCUUUUCAGCUUUUAGAUGAUGCAUUUUUCAGAUAAUCCAGUGGAUUCUUUAAGGAUUUACUGAGCUUGAGAAGUAGAGUUUUCUCAUGCCUUUAAGGAUCAAUUAAUCCUUCAGUUUAUCUAUAAAAAAAGUUAAAAUCACCUAAAUUGGAGACACAUGGACGUUGUUUUAGGACUUUUCUUUAUUGUUUUUUUGUAGCUCGGUUAAUUUUUAUUUCAAUAAGGAAAUAAAAAAACAUUUUUUCGCCCAUUUUUAUGUGAAAUAAUUAAAAUAAAUCGGCUCUGGGUCAGUUAAUGUGAAGCUCAGGUUCAGACCAAUCAAGUAGACGUCAUACUGUGACAUCAUCAAAAUGCAAUUCAAAAACUUAAUUGCUGGGUUUUUAAACAGGCAAGAAUGCUUCUCUAUAUAAAACUUUACCGUUAUUUUCAUGUGGAAGUGAAAUCUUGGUCUAGAUUUUACUUUGCUGUAAAAGUUUUAAUGUUCACACAGAGACUUUGGGAGUUUGGGUUACUUAAGAAACAACAAUAGAUCACAGCACAGAGGAAAGAAUAAACAUGUUCAAUAAACAA